UAACAAUGAUUGAAAACGAUAUACAUCGUGUUCUUUGGUAUUUGGGUGUACUCUGUGAAGUCUUGGUUAAUAUCAUCUUUAGAGGUGAUAAAACUCUUUCUUGGGCUGCUAGUCAUUUGGCUGAAAGACUUGGCUUGCUUUCACUCAUUGUAUUAGGUGAAAACCUUAUGGGUCUAGUCAAUUUGGUCGCAACUGCAGGAACAAAGUUUAUUAUUGUGUAUGAUCGCGCCUAUAUCAACCAUACAAACACUAACGUCUUUUUGCUUAUAUAAUAGUGGUCCCAAUUUCAUGGCUGUUGCUAUCAUCUUUGGAUUCUUCUUUAUGUAUUUCGAAGACUUUAACAAAGAAAUCUUUCUUCAUAACAAAUACCAUCAAAUAUGGGUAUACCUUCACUUUCCUUUACACUUGUGCCAAGUUGCCUUUGGUAUUUCGCUUAUCGAUGUCCUUAAAAUAUACAAAUUCCAACUUGUGAGAGAUAAUAAGCUUGAAGAAGAGCCACAAGGCACAGGACAUGGUGAAUCAUCUACUUCUAAUACGGGGCAUAUCGCAACAGGACCAUCGUCUACUUCUAAUACGGGUCACGCCACAGCAGAAUCACCAUCUUCUCAAGGAAGCGCAGGACAUGACACGGCCACAUCUACUGAUACACAUACUAGCAAUACCCAUUCUACCGACGCCCCUGCUGCAACCGAAUCAUCAUCCAAUACAUCAGCUACACAUCAUGCUAAACGUGCUAUUCAAAUGAUUAGAGAUGUUGUAAACCAAGAUCAAGAUGACUAUAGCCCCAUAAAAAUAGCCGAGUCGAUUAAAUACGAAAGAGUGAAUAAGAAUAUAUCUCGAGUUAAUACCACCUGGUGUAAAUACCUUUCCUCAUCCAUUGCUUAUACAGUCAUACAUACCAUCACUAGCUAUUACUGUGAUGAUCAGCUCGAUUCAACCAAGAGCCAUUUGAUGCGCAGAUCGGAGCCUGCAGCUGCAGAAGGUACAGGCGAAAAUGCUUCAUUUGCGGGUACAAUUUCCAGGGAUGAAUUAGUAUUCGUGUACAAGACAUUCCUUAUUUUUGGUGGAUUGAUUCUUGUCAUAAACUCUAUUAUCAAAGCUUUAAAUACACGAAUAGCAGAUAUUUAUGGAAAAAUCAUUAUUGGGUCACGAGUAAUCAAUGCUGUUGUGCUUUGGUCACUAUGUGCACUUCCAUUUGCAAGCUUAGAUGCUAUCGUACUUCUAAGUACCAUGGUUGGCUCUUUGGUUUUUCAAGCUUUAGUGGAUCUUUUAGAUUGAUAAUGGACUAGUUCCAUCGAUUAUAAUCAAACUUGAUGCAAAUAAAAGACUUUUU